GUUACGUGAUCGAUAUUCUGAUUAGCUAAAUUUCAAUUCGAUCCUAAUCAAUAGUCCAACCUUAAUCCAUUGGGCUUUAGAGGCAAAAGCGUUCCCUAGUGUUUUUCGAAUGAGAAUUUUUCUAUUGGAUGUCAGCAGGUGUUCACAUGACGUCCCCAAUAUCGUGUCUAAACUUUUAAACGCGUCACAUCUAAAUACUCGAGUGUUAUGGAGGAAAAAAUAGUGUGAUUAUACAUAUGACAUGCAAAAUAUAAAACAGGGCAUCUUUUAUUUACAUGCGUAUUACUGUGUCAUUUUAUUUUGCUCACUUGAAUCUUACAAUUUAUGUAAACGACACAAUAGCCAAAGAAAUUUGUGAUCUAUGUUGUAAAGAGAGUACAAAUAUAGACAGAAGAAAUGUGUGAUAAACUUUCAAGAAAAUUGAUAUCUUCUAAACCCAUGUAUCAUUCCGCGCUUUAACAUUGCUCUUUGCAGUAUAAUGAACCUAUCAAGAUACGUGAAAGUGCCUUAAUACCUUGAUAUUAAAAGCAACAUUGUAUAUCCCAAAAUGAAGCCUGUCAACCGACUCCAUCACGAAUUAAACUUAAAAUAUGCGAUUCAAGCAGAGAUUUUGCGAUCGCAUCAACGGGACGCCGAUUUCACGGAAAACCUACAGAAGAGAUUAUCCGAGAUUUUGCAUAAUUUUGGGUUACACAAAAGAUGGCACCAAUAUAUUCAAUUCAACACUCCGCUCAAAUUAAUUUACUUCACCUUCACGUCAGGCAUGGGUAAUCAAACAUUAGGCGAAGAAUAUACCGGUAUAGUGCAAGCUAAUAUAGAAGAACUCAAAGUUCCAUCACUAGCUAUGAGAAUACUAGCUAUUAUGUUGGAAAUCUUUGGAGAAAGAUUAUUGCUGAAGAUGCUGAAAAAAUUACAAGCGCAGGUUAAUGAACCAGACAACCAGUUGACAGCAGAGGCAGUAGCAGUCCUAAAUAUCUUCCUGUUUAAGUUACGUGCCAUAGUACCUGUACUUAUAUUAUUCCACAAAGGAGUUUUCUACAUAUAUGGUAGAUUUUACAGCUGGGGUAGAAGAAUCACUGGCUUAGAUUAUGUAAAGGUAUAUGGUCAACAAGUAGCCACUGUCAGUUGGGGAUUAAAAUUGUUAGGGAUUACUACUAUAAUUCAAUGUCUAUUAAAAAUCUGGCAGACUGAUAUGCCACAGAAUAUUACCACUAUCUCUAGUCCACUUGAUGUAAGCCAUACCAGUUAUACUUGCCAACUAUGCCUUGAGACUGCAGCAACAACAGCGACAUUAUGUGGUCAUUUGUUUUGUUGGGAUUGUCUUAGCGACUGGUUACGUAACAAGCCACAAUGUCCAUUUUGCAGGGAGCAUGUGCCACCAUCACGAAUCAUACAUCUAAUGAAUCUUUAACUUUCUAUACAUGUAUAUGCAAUAUUUCUUUUAAAUAUGAGAACUUUGUGUUGUAUUAUACAUAAGAUGUAAAAACUGUACAAUAUACUUACAUAUAAAAAUAGUUAAUUUUUACAUAUAAUUAAAUAUACUUAAAAAAAUACUUUCUUUAGCAUGUUAAACACCAUGUAUGUAGAAUUAUAUGAUAGAAAUUUCUAUGUUAAGAUAUACAUCAUUGUAUGUGAAAAUAUCGCACAUAUAAUCUAUUUUAAUUAGUAAGAUUCAAUUUUUGAAGCCAAAUGAAAAUAUUCGCGUAGUAGUUCUAUAAUCUUAUACUAUUCGAAGAUUUUAAUUUACAUUUUUUAAGUAAUAAGUUAUAAAAACAUUAUGGGUCUCAACUUAAAUCUCUGAUUGACUUUGAAAGACAGAACGUGUAGUAAAGAGUUAUCAUCUUUAUUUCUUAGAACUUUAUUAAGAUAAUCAAGACACAGUCAAGAUCAACUUGAAACUUUCUACCGGUUAGUAGUCUGUACCACUUAUAAAUUUAUACAGACAUAAUUAACCGUGACUAACAGGGAUUAACAUAAGGAUCUUUGCCACCAUAUAAUAUGAAAAUUAUUACUCAGAUGCCAAAGUCAAAUUUGAAAGUAAUACAAUAUAUUUAUUGUUAAAAAAAAGUUACAUAUUGCGUAUAAACGUAUAAAGAUUGGUAUUCCCUGUGUGUGCCACACUGCAUAAUUAAAGUCAUUAUUUCCAGGUUUAUAAAGGAUCUCAUAUCCUUGUCGAGUAAUAUGUAUGUUUUUCAUGGCACUGUGAUAAACUACAAU